ACAAUGAAGGAGGAAUUUACAAGGCUUAAAGAAGCCCUGGAGAAGUCUGAGACCCGGAGGAAGGAACUGGAGGAGAAGAUGGUCUCUCUGCUUCAGGAGAAGAACGACCUCCAGUUGCAAGUGCAGGCGGAACAAGACAAUCUCAACGAUGCAGAGGAACGCUGCGACCAGCUGAUCAAGAACAAAAUCCAGCUGGAGGCCAAAGUGAAAGAGCUGACCGAGCGUCUGGAGGAUGAGGAGGAGAUGAACGCUGAGCUCACGGCCAAGAAGCGGAAGCUGGAGGACGAGUGCUCGGAGCUCAAGAAGGACAUCGACGACUUAGAGCUGACCCUGGCCAAGGUCGAGAAGGAGAAGCACGCGACCGAGAACAAGGUGAAAACCCUGACUGAGGAAAUGGCCCUUGUCCACUGUAUCACACGACCACCAUGUAUCAUGCUUCCCAUGUAA